AGAUCCGGCCAGGCAGACAAAAGUUUGGGAGAGAAGUUCGGUCUGUGGCUAGCGUGAGAGCUAGGGGGGCGGGGGCCGGAGAGAGUGGGGCAGUCGGGCGAGUCGACGCGUGAACAGAUAGACCUGCGGACGGGACAGCCGCGGCCAGAGGCCCUGCUAGCCCCGCUCAGCCCCAGAUGCGCGGGGGGACGCAGCCCCUCCCGCUGGGGGAUGCUGUGGGACUCCUGGCGCCGGUCAUCCAGGCCGCCCGCUAAGCCCCUGUGCCUCCCCUGUGCCCCUGGGGAACUAGAGUCCGGCUGCAGGGAACGAGAACCGGCAGCCGAGACGCCGCAGGGUGCCAGGCGGGGAGGGGACGAGAGGCCCCAGGCCCGAGGGCAUGGAGCGGUUAGGAGAGAAAGCCAGUCGCCUGCUGGAGAAGUUCGGCCGCAGAAAGGGUGAAUCUAGCCGGUCUGGGUCUGACGGGACUCCCGGGCCGGGCAAGGGGCGCCUAAGUGGGUUGGGGGGACCUAGGAAGUCAGGGCCCCGAGGAGCUACUGGGGGACCUGGGGAUGAGCCGUUGGAGCCGGCCCGGGAGCAAGGUUCCCUGGACGCUGAGCGGAAUCAGCGCGGCUCCUUUGAGGCGCCGCGCUACGAAGGCUCCUUUCCCGGGGGGCCGCCGCCCACUCGGGCCUUGCCUCUACCUCAGUCGUUGCCCCCCGAUUUUCGGCUGGAGCCCACGGCCCCGGCCCUCAGCCCCCGCUCUAGCUUCGCCAGUAGCUCGGCCAGCGACGCGAGCAAGCCGUCCAGCCCCCGGGGCAGCCUGCUGCUGGACGGGGCGGGGGCUGGCGGAGCUGGAGGUAGCCGGCCCUGCAGCAAUCGCACCAGCGGCAUCAGCAUGGGCUACGACCAGCGCCACGGGAGCCCCCUGCCAGCGGGGCCGUGCCUGUUUGGCCCACCCCUGGCCGGAGCACCGGCAGGCUAUUCUCCUGGAGGGGUCCCGUCCGCCUACCCGGAGCUCCACGCUGCCCUGGACCGAUUGUACGCUCAGCGGCCCGCGGGGUUCGGCUGCCAGGAAAGUCGCCACUCGUAUCCCCCGGCCCUGGGCAGCCCUGGAGCUCUAGCCGGGGCCGGAGUGGGAGCGGCGGGGCCCUUGGAGAGACGGGGGGCGCAACCCGGACGACACUCUGUGACCGGCUACGGGGACUGCGCCGUGGGCGCCCGGUACCAGGACGAGCUAACAGCUUUGCUUCGCCUGACGGUGGGCACUGGUGGGCGAGAAGCCGGAGCCCGCGGAGAACCCUCGGGGAUUGAGCCGUCGGGUCUGGAGGAGCCACCAGGUCCUUUCGUUCCGGAGGCCGCCCGGGCCCGGAUGCGGGAGCCGGAGGCCAGGGAGGACUACUUCGGCACCUGUAUCAAGUGCAACAAAGGCAUCUAUGGGCAGAGCAAUGCCUGCCAGGCCCUGGACAGCCUCUACCACACCCAGUGCUUUGUUUGCUGCUCUUGUGGGCGAACUUUGCGUUGCAAGGCUUUCUACAGUGUCAAUGGCUCUGUGUACUGUGAGGAAGAUUAUCUGUUUUCAGGGUUUCAGGAGGCAGCUGAGAAAUGCUGUGUCUGUGGUCACUUGAUUUUGGAGAAGAUCCUACAAGCAAUGGGGAAGUCCUAUCACCCAGGCUGCUUCCGAUGCAUUGUUUGCAACAAGUGCCUGGAUGGCAUCCCCUUCACAGUGGACUUCUCCAACCAAGUAUACUGUGUCACCGACUACCACAAAAAUUAUGCUCCUAAGUGUGCAGCCUGUGGCCAACCCAUCCUCCCCUCUGAGGGCUGUGAGGACAUCGUGAGGGUGAUAUCCAUGGACCGGGAUUAUCACUUUGAGUGCUACCACUGUGAGGACUGCCGGAUGCAGCUGAGUGAUGAGGAAGGCUGCUGCUGUUUCCCUCUGGAUGGGCACUUGCUCUGCCAUGGUUGCCACAUGCAGCGGCUCAAUGCCCGACAACCCCCUGCCAACUAUAUCUGAGCUGCAAUCACUGCUGCUGCUGUCACCACCACAGACAAACUGCUCUGGCUAGUGGGCCCCUCUGAGGCCAGCCAAGGCAAAGGAUGCACUCUGCAGGCCUGGCAGAAGGUCCUCUGGGGAGGACCCCAAGGGCCGGAGACCCAAAGAUCAUGACUUCCAAAUGGAUUGUGGAAGAGAAACCUUAUAUUUAUCAAGGUGGGGGUGACUGGCCUUUUUCCCAUGUGUGCAGCCUGAGCUUAGGUACACACAGAGGUUUCUGAACAUCUGAUUCUGUAUCUUCAGUAUAUAUAUUUUGUUUGUUUUAGAGAUGGGAUCUCACCAUGUUGCCCAGGCUAGUCUUGAACUCCUGGGCUCAAAUGAUCCUCCCACCUUGGCCUCCCAAAGUGCUGGGAUUACAGGUGUAAGCGACUGUGUCUGGCCUAGUAUAUGACUGUGCAUGAGUCAUGCAAUGUUCUGGAUUCCAAGAGUAGAGGACCUAGCUUUAAAUCAAUUAGUUUCAGCUAAACUGACUAGAACCAAAUCAAAGUGUAAUUCUCCCUCCAGCUCCCCCAAACCCCAGAGUUUUGGGGUUGUGGUUGAUGCAGUGGGGGAUGUCCCUGAGAGGUAGCAAGUCUAGGGUGCUGAGUUCCUGCUAGGCAACCAAAUUUAAGCUCCUCACUUUUUUGUGACACAUGGUGUCAGAUAUGGGGUCCCGCACCUAUAUCUGGAUGAAGAGGUAGAAACUCUGGACCUCAUUAAUAAGUUAUUUCUUGGCCUUCUUCUAAGGACUAGGAGAGCUCAUCUGUCUGCUGAGAAUGGGGACCAGCUCUGAGUGGGGUUGCUGCCUGUAUUCCCUGUUUCUCAGGGACUCAUAUGGGUCUGGGGAGGCUAGGUAGGUGAUUGUACGUGGUUGCUCUUCUCCUUGGCUGGGGGAGGAAUAAGCCGGUCUCUGUGGGUGUGGAGCUUGUUGGGGAGAUGUCUAGGAAGCUUCAGCUUAGCCACAUUCCCAAGUUUAGGUGCACUGAGCCAUAGAGCCCAGUGUAUGCAUGUGUGGGUGUGUUCAUGCACACACACAGUCUCUCUCUGUCUGUCUGUCUGUCUCUCUCUCACUGUUACUCUCUUCUCAGGUCACUUGUACACUUGGUUUCCUAGUAGAAGCUCACUUGCCACCUCUCAGAGGGGUCCCGGAUUGCAUCCAUCACAAUCCCAAAACUAGAGUUGGGGGGGGAAAUGGAAGGAGCAAAACACUGAUUUGGUACUAGUCAGUUUGCCUGAAACUAGUUCACCUAAAGCUAGAUCUCUUAAAACCAAUUUACUGAAAACUUUGCUUAAAGUUAAUGACUUAAUGACUAAUUUGCCAAAAGCUCAAUUCCUAUUUCGGUGUGUUUAUAUCCAUUUAGGUGUCCUAUUCUUUUUUGUCAUGCUUUGGAUAUUUCAAGGAUUUAUAUCUAUUGAUCCAAGAGUACUUCUGAGUUAUUAUCAGCAACAUAAAUUUAUCAAAUUUGCAGCACUUUGUAAAUGAUGACGUUGCUUCCUACCUUUAUGGAUGUCUUUUUCUAUGUUAUCUACCAUUCAAAAACUUUUUUAAAAAGUUUAAAGUUUCUAGCAAUAAAUACAAUUGGUACAGACAUUUUGCAUAUCUUUUUUUUGUUUCUUAAUCCAAUAUUCCUUUACAAAUUAAAUGCCUUGAAAAAUAUAAUGGAGUUCAAUGUGAUUUUGAUGCUUUGGUCUAACUUCUACAUUCCUACUGUUAAAAGGCCAGUGUAUCUUAAACAAAUGAAUAGGCAUGAGGCAUAUUCAGUUGACUUACAAUGAAAAGUUAUAUAGACAACAGUAAUAACUAAAAGGGUGAAUCUGCUAAAUCCUUUUGAAAUGCUGCAGAUUUGAUAAAUAUUUAUUUUAGACUAAUUGGUUUUAGGUGAAUUGGUUUUAGGCAAAUUAAUCUAGUAAUCUUUGAUCCUUAGUCUUCAUUUUCUGUCACUCAGUGAGUUUCUUACUGGAGAUGAUGACUCCUGACAACAGAAUUUCCACAUUUGGGGGCUAUUCUAAGAUGACUAUGCCAGCCAACCUGGGAAAUACAUAAAAGAGAUCUCUGAGUGAGAGGGAAAGAGUUCAGAUUUAUACAACUGAGUGCCAGAGGGGAAAAUGCACCUUGUUGGAGUGAGAAAUGUUCUGAAACUGAAUUACUUCUUGUACAGCUGAGAUCGCUUCUUCUGAACUAUUAUUAAAUAAGUGAAUAUAAAGGCCCUAUGAUGGGAAAUCCAGACAA